GUCUAUAUUACUUCGCCGUAUCUUUUCAUUAAGACCGUCCGAGAUAAUACCGUCAAUAAUAAUCUAAAAGUAAAUACUCUUCAAAAGAAUUUAUACCAAUUAUUUAUAAGCGGAAUAAAGGAUUUAGUUGUUAAACCAGCCGAUAAUAUAAUUUUAAAUAAAUAUUUAACGUACGUAGACCGUUGUACGGAAACCUGUUGGUUUAAAAUUAUCGACGAUUUAGGAGGUUAUAAUAGUAAUUUUAAUAAGUAUAUAUUGAGGGUUGAAUUUAAUAGUAAGCUUCCAAAUAUUAAAGCUAUCGAAACUAUUAAUUUUAUAAAGUAG